AUGAUGUUCCUAUCCGCUGUUCCUUUGGUUAUCGUGAUUAUGUCCCAGACACGCUCUUCAUCAGUACCAACACCCGCUACUCGGUCGGCCCCUUCUAGAUCUGGCAAUAGGCGAGAAUCAGCUGCAGCAAUCGAAGACACUAAUAUCCAUCGAUCAAGGGCCACUGAAUGUACUUAUAUGAAGCCCAAUAGAAUGACUCGGAUGUUCAAUUCUUUAUGUGAUGGCACGCGCCGCCAUCGCGCAAGAGCUUACCUAAAACUCGAUGACGACUUUGAAAUGGACGAAUCCCCACUAUUAAAGCUUGCUUAA